GCCUGGAGUGACCCCGCCUCUGCUCCUGCCCGGCCUUGACAUUUCCAGAGGCAUAGGCAGCCAUGCCGCGCAGCCCCACGUCCAGCGAGGAGGAGAUGGCCCAGAGCUUCUCCGACUACUCCGGGGGCUCUGAGUCGGACAGCUCCAAGGAGGAGACCAUCUACGACACCAUCCGGGCCACCUCACACAAGCCGGGCGGCGCCAGGGCGGAGGAGGCCCAGGGCAACACACUGGUGAUCCGCAUUCUCAUCCAGGACCUGCAGCAGACGAAGUGCCUGCGCUUCGACCCGGACGCCACGGUGUGGACGGCCAAGCAGCGCGUGCUCUGCUCCCUGAACCAGAGCCUGAAGGACGUGCUCAACUACGGGCUGUUCCAGCCGGCCAGCGGCGGGCGCGACGGCAAGUUCCUGGACGAGGAGCGGCUCCUGCGCGAGUACCCGCAGCCGCCCGCGGGCAAGGGCGUGCCCUCGCUGGAGUUUCGAUACAAGAAGCGGGUGUAUAAACAGGCCACCCUGGACGAGAAGCAGCUGGCCAGGCUCCACACGAAGACUAACUUGAAGAAAUGCAUGGACCACAUCCAGCACCGGUCAGUGGAGAAGAUCGUCAAGAUGCUGGAGCGAGGCCUGGACCCGAAUUUCCACGACCUGGACACUGGAGAGACACCCUUGACCUUGGCUGCCCAGCUGGACGACCCAGCGGAGGUGAUGAAAGCGCUCAGGAACGGCGGGGCCCACCUGGACUUCCGCGCCAAGGACGGGAUGACCGCCCUGCACAAGGCCGCCCGCGCCAGGAACCAGGUGGCCCUGAAGACCCUCUUGGAGCUGGGCGCGUCCCCUGACUACAAGGACAGCUACGGGCUCACCCCGCUGUACCACACGGCCAUCGUCGGGGGCGACCCCUACUGCUGCGAGCUGCUUCUGCACGAGCACGCGGCCGUGUGCUGCAGGGACGAGAACGGCUGGCACGAGAUCCACCAGGCCUGCAGGUACGGCCACGUGCAGCACCUGGAGCACCUGCUGUUCUACGGGGCCGACAUGGGCGCCCAGAACGCCUCGGGGAACACGGCCCUGCACAUCUGCGCGCUCUACAACCAGGACAGCUGCGCCAGGGUGCUGCUGUUUCGAGGCGGGAACAAGGAGCUGAAAAACUACAACAGCCAGACCCCGUUCCAGGUGGCCAUCAUCGCGGGCAACUUCGAGCUGGCCGAGUACAUCAAGAACCACAAGAAGACGGACGUCGUGCCCUUCCGAGAGGCCCCGGCGUACUCCAACCGCAGGCGGCGGCCCCCCAGCACGCUGGCCGCCCCCCGGGUGCUGCUGCGCUCCAACAGCGACAACAACCUCAACUCCAGUGUGCCCGAGUGGGCCGUGUGCCCCGCCGCCCAGCGCAGCCUCUCGCCCCAGCUGCUGCAGCCCGCGCCCGGCCGGGCCGACGGCGCCCCCAAGCCCCUCGGCAGCUACACCCCCGGGCCCCGCAGCCGGUCCCCGUCGCUCAACAGGCUGGGUGGCGCCGGCGAGGAUGGCAAGAGGCCGCCGCAGCCCUGGCACGUGGGCCCGGCCUUCCUGCCCGGCGCCGGCAAGGACCCCCUGUCCGCCCUCGAGUACCCUGGGCCCCGGCGGAAGCUGUACAGUGCGGUGCCCGGGCGGCUCUUCGUCGUCGUGAAGCCAUACCAGCCCCAGGUCGACGGCGAGAUCCCGCUCCACAGGGGCGACAGGGUCAAAGUGCUCAGCAUCGGCGAGGGGGGCUUCUGGGAAGGCAGCGCCCGCGGCCAUGUUGGAUGGUUCCCGGCCGAGUGCGUGGAGGAGGUGCAGGGCAAGCCCAAGGACGUCCAGGCAGACACCCGCGUGGACCGCACCAAGAAGCUCUUCCGGCACUACACGGUGGGCUCCUACGACAGCUUCGAUGCCGCCAGCGACUGCAUCAUCGAGGAGAAGGCGGUGGUCCUGCAGAAGAAGGACAAUGAGGGCUUCGGGUUUGUGCUGCGAGGGGCGAAAGCGGAUACGCCCAUCGAGGAGUUCACGCCCACGCCGGCGUUCCCAGCCCUGCAGUACCUGGAGUCGGUGGACGAAGGCGGGGUGGCGUGGCAAGCCGGACUGAGGACCGGGGACUUCUUGAUCGAGGUCAACAACGAGAACGUGGUGAAGGUGGGCCACCGGCAGGUGGUGAACAUGAUCCGCCAAGGAGGGAACCACCUCGUCCUGAAGGUGGUGACGGUGACCCGGAGUCUCGACCCCGACGACACCGCCAGAAAGAAAGCUCCCCCGCCGCCGAAGCGGGCUCCGACCACAGCCCUCACCCUGCGAUCCAAGUCCAUGACCUCGGAGCUGGAGGAGCUCGAGAAACCCGACGAGCUGGUCGCCAUCACCAAGCCGCCCCGUGCCGCCGAGAGCGUGGCCGUGGAGCCCAGGGUGGCCACCAUCCGGCAGCGGCCCACCAGCCGGUGCCUCCCGCCCCUCUCCGACGUGACCUCCGUGUACGAGCGCCAGGGGAUCGCCGUGAUGACGCCCACCGUUCCCGGGAGCCCGAAGGGCCCAUUCCUGGGCCUCCCCCGAGACAGCAGACUCUUUCUGUCAGGGAUAACAGAGGAAGAGCGACAGUUUCUGGCCCCUCCGAUGCUCAAGUUCACCAGAAGCCUGUCCAUGCCCGACACCUCCGAGGACAUCCCCCCCCCGCCGCAGUCCGUGCCCCCGUCCCCGCCGCCGCCGUCCCCCACCGCCUACAACUGCCCCAAGUCCCCGACCCCCAGGGUCUACGGCACCGUCAAGCCCGCCUUCGGCCAGAACCCGCCGGCCAGGGUGGCGCCGGCCGUGCGCUCCGACACCGUGGCCGCCCUGGCGCGGGACAAGGGGCCGCUCUACCGCCGGGAGCUGGACCGCUACUCCCUGGACUCGGAGGACCUGUACAGCCGCGCCGCCGCUCAGGCCAACCUCCGCGGCAAGAGGGGCCAGAUGCCCGAGAACCCGUACUCGGAGGUGGGCAAGAUCGCCAGCAAGGCCGUGUACGUGCCCGCCAAGCCCGCGCGGCGGAAGGGCAUGCUGGUGAAGCAGUCCAACGUGGAGGACAGCCCCGAGAAGACCUGCUCCAUCCCCAUCCCCACCAUCAUAGUCAAGGAGCCGUCCACCAGCAGCAGCGGCAAGAGCAGCCAGGGCAGCAGCGUGGAGACCGACCCGCAGGCCCCGGAGCCGCCGGGCCAGCUGCGGCCGGACGACAGCCUGAGCGCCAGCAGCCCCUUCGCCGCCGCCAUCGCCGGGGCCGUCCGCGACCGGGAGAAGCGGCUGGGGGCCAGGAGAGACUCCCCGGCCUUCCUCUCCACCGACCUGGGAGACGAGGACGUGGGCCUGGGGCCUCCCGUCCCCCGGGCGCGGCCCUCCCAGUUCCCCGAGGAGGGAGGGUUUGGCGAGGAAGACGGCGCCGAGCCACCGUCCCCCACGCCGGGGGCCCCGUCCAGGGAGCCCGAGAACCACCUCGCGGGCAGCGGCGAGCCCGGAGCUCAGGGUGAGGCUGGCAGGCCUCUGAACCCCACAUCCAGGGCCAAGGGGCCCGAGGGCAGCGCUGCCGGGGCCCCCAAGAGCAGCACUGCCAGCGGCUCCGAGAACUACAUCCACCCGCUCACCGGGAGGCUGCUGGACCCCAGCUCCCCGCUGGCCCUGGCGCUUUCUGCAAGGGACCGAGCCCUAAAGGAGGCCCAGCAGGGCCCCAAGGGGGAGGCCCCCAAGGCCGACCUCAACAAGCCUCUCUACAUCGAUACCAAAAUGCGGCCCAGCGCCGAAGCCAGCUUCGCCGCCGCCGCCAGGCAGAACGCGCGGGGGCCCCUGAGGCGGCAGGAGACGGAGAACAAGUACGAGGCCGACCCGGGCAAGGACCGCAAGGGCGACGACAAGAAGAACAUGCUCAUCAGCAUCCUGGACACGUCCCAGCAGAAGUCGGCCGGCCUGCUGAUGGUGCACACCGUGGACGCCGCCAAGUCGGAGGACUUCCUGGAGGAAGAGGACGAGCCAGCCGGCGAGGACGCGGAGCCCAACCACUCGCCGUCUGAGGUGCCAGAAGGCGUUCCCGACACCGAAGGUGCUUUACAGAUCCCCGCCGGCCCCGAGCCCGCCGGCGCCGCCACGGGACCCGGCAGAACCCUCGUGGCCACGGGCUCCGUGGAAGAGGCGGUGAUCUUGCCAUUCCGCAUCCCUCCUCCCCCUCUGGCCUCCGUGGACUUGGACGAGGAUUUUAUUUUUACAGAGCCAUUGCCUCCUCCCCUAGAAUUUGCAAAUAGUUUUGAUAUUCCCGACGACCGCGUCGCCUCGGUCCCCGCCCUCACGGACUUGGUCAAGCAAAAGAAAAGCGACGCCUCCCCGUCCCCCUCGUUGAACUCCAGCCAGCCGAGCAACUCCGCAGACGGCAAGAAGCCCGCUGGCCUCUCCAACUGUCUGCCCGCCUCCUUCCUGCCUCCCCCCGAGAGCUUCGACGCCGUCACGGACUCCGGGAUCGAGGAGGUGGACAGCCGGAGCGGCAGCGACCACCACCUCGAGACGACCAGCACCAUCUCCACACUGUCCAGCAUCUCCACGGUGUCCUCCGAGGGCGGGGAGGCCGUGGACACCUGCACCGUCUACGCGGACGGACAAGCGUUUAUGGUGGACAAACCCCCAGUCCCUCCAAAGCCAAAAAUGAAGCCCGUCGUCCACAAGAGCAACGCGCUCCUCCAGGACGCGCUGCUGCAGGACGACAGGGACGGCUUCGUCACGCCCCCGCCCGCGCCCCCGCCCCCGCCCGGCGGGGUCCAGCCCGCGCUCGCCAAGGUCAUCCAGCCAAGGACCUCCAAGCUGUGGGGGGAUGUCCCGGAAGUCAAAAGUCCGGCGCUCUCAGGCCCCAAGGCAAACGUGAUCAGCGAGUUGAACUCAAUCCUGCAGCAAAUGAACCGAGAGAGAUCGGCCAAGCCGGGGGAGGGCGCGGAGCCGCCCGCGGGAGCCAAGCCCGCCAGCCUCGCCCCCAGAAGCCCGGAGGUCAUGAGCGCUGUCUCAGGUGCGCGCAGCACGACGGUCACCUUCACCGUCCGCCCGGGGACCUCCCAGCCCAUCACCCUGCAGAGCCGGCCCCCCGACUAUGAAAGCAGGACCUCAGGAACCAGGCGCGCCCCGAGCCCCGUGGUCUCACCCACGGAGAUGAGCAAAGAGAUGCUGCCCGCCCCUCUGGCGGCCGCCGCGUCCCCCACUCCCGGCCUCCCCGAAGUCUUCAGCCUCCCGAGCCAGCCCCCGUCCGGAGACCUGUUCGGCCUGAACCCCGCGGGGCGCAGCAGGUCGCCGUCCCCCUCCAUACUGCAACAGCCACUCUCAAAUAAGCCUUUCACGACUAAACCCGUCCACCUGUGGACCAAGCCGGACGUGGCGGACUGGCUGGAGAGCCUGAACCUGGGCGAGCACAGAGAGGCCUUCAUGGACAACGAGAUCGACGGCAGCCACCUGCCCAACCUGCAGAAGGAGGACCUCAUCGACCUGGGCGUGACGCGCGUCGGCCACCGCAUGAACAUAGAAAGGGCUCUGAAACAGCUGCUGGACAGAUAAGGGCGGCCCCCGCUCUGGCUGCGGCGGAGCCGGCUCUCCCCGAGACGCGUGGCGGCCAGCGCGGGAGCGAGCCCCGCGCCCUGGGCUCGUCUCCUGGUCCCCCAAGAAACGCCAAGUGUGUCCGCGGUGUGUCUGGGCCCCGGCCCGGAACCGCCCGGCUCCUCGUGGGUUUCUUGGGCUGUUUCUGUCAAGCAGGCGACCAGGGGAGGGAGUUUUUCUGAGCUGGACCCACGGCUGGCCUCCCAGCAUGUGGGGGCCCACCCUUCGCCAGGCCCAGCCCACCCCGUCCAUCAAGGGUGGCGAGGCCCUCGCGCGUGUGGGCAGACACCGCGGGCUCCAGAUACCUCCUGAGACCUCUCCUCUGCCUUGGGGCAGCCGCCACCGGCCAGGCCCGGCUCCAGCCCCUCCGUCCCCGGCCUCUCGAGGCCACUCAGGCUCACUCGCUCCUUUCUAUCCUGUGGGCUGCCCCCAGGUGUGUCUGCCAGCGCCCCUCCAGGGCCUGGAAGGCAGAGAACCCCUUCUUUGCUGUCGAUUCUCUCCCCCUGGCCUCCUGCCACGGGCGACCUUGGCUCCGGCUCCGGCCGCAAAGGGGCAUCCGAACGGGAUCGUGUCCGGCUUUGCUUAGCUUUCUUUCUUUCUUUCUGCACAUCUAUCAGCAUCCUUCCAGAGCGGUCCCAGACGCCACGCGGAGUUAGUCACAGCAUAGGGUCACGAUUCCGAGGCGGAGCCUGGGCCCCGCCUCCUGCAGGUCGGCGUCUGCCAGGAGCCUCGCCCGGUGGUGAGGGCCCCUCUGCCCGCUGCAGGUGUGGCGCCGCCGCGGUCA